AGUGAGCUCCGGGGACAAUGUUCUUCAACGAUUCACAGGAACCGGACCUCGAUCUCGAAGAAGAAGCAGAAUCCUACUUUGAUCCAUCACAAUCAUGCCCCCAAGGCCAUCGAUCUACACUCAUCCUCCGAACCCAGCAGGGCGGCUCCAUCUGCCUCCUCUGCUUCUCCAACCUCGUUUCCAACCCUCUCUCUCCCACUCUCCAUGUCUCCUAUGCCCUCUCCCAGCUCUCUCAUGCCCUCUCUCAGCCCCAAUUUCUCCACUCCAUUCGCUCCUUCCACUCUCACCUCCUCGUCUCCCCUCUCGUCAAAGCUCUCUCCUCCUUUGACGACGAGCCCAUUGCCCGACAGGUCAUCGAUCUCAUCGUCAAUAUCUGUGGUUCAGAUGAUGGAUCGGUGUGCUGUGAGUUUGUGGCCCGGGUUUCGGAUUCGCUCGCUUCCGGCGCGUUGGCGUGGAGUCGGCGCCAGGUUUUUAUGCUUCAUUGCUUAGGGGUUCUCUUAAACUGUCAGACAAAUAACCUCUAUGCACACAUCAAGGACAAAUAUGACCUUGUGUCCAACCUUGUUGUGGGUCUUCAAUUGCCCAGUGAGGAGAUCCGAGGAGAGAUCAUGUUUGUUCUGUACAAAGUAGCUAUUCUCCAGUAUACAUCAGAGGAUGGUGAUGGAUCUGAUGUUUUAUUGGCCUUUGGUCCUAAGAUCUUGCAUCUGGUAGUGGAUGCCCUCAUGAAGACCCAAAUUGAUGAUGUCCGCUUGAAUUGCCUAGCACUUUUGAUGGUGUUGACUCAGAGAGGGUUUUUCGCUAGUGCGAAUGCAAAUGACACAAGCAGCAUGAAUUUGUAUGAAGCAGAUAGCUUCAUUCAAGCAGCUGAAGAUAAGAGAGAUGGGCCUCAUUUGAAUAUCAGUUUUGCUGAGGCCAUCAAAGGCCCAUUGCUUUCAUCAGACAGCCAAGUCCAACUGAGCACAUUAGAUUUACUAUUUCAUUAUAUGUCUUGUGAUGGUGCUUCAGGAAAGCAGAUCCAAGUCCUGGUAGAAGAAAAUGUUGCGGAUUAUGUGUUUGAAGUACUUCGAUUGUCAGAAUGCAAGGAUCCGGUUGUUAGCUCUUGCAUUCGGGUACUUGAUCUUUUAUCAACAGCUGAGCAAGCCUUCAAACAAAGGCUAGCCAUUGGGUUUGGAUCUCUGAUUUCAGUAGUACGUUACGUAUCUGAAGUUCCCUUUCAUCCUGCCCAAAGUCCGACUCUAAAGCUCAUAUGGAAUUAUAUUUCUGAUUGCCCUGGGAUGCUAUCCACUUUGCAAACAGAGGAGUUAGUUCUUAUUCUCACAAGGAUGCUCAAAAUGCAUACUGAGGCGGAGAUGGGCAUGCUUCCCGAGGCAUUUAUAAUGGUUUGCUCAGUCUUUGUAGCUCUUCUGAAGUAUUCAUCUUCUCAUGGGACUUUAAAUCUGGCAACAUCGGUUCAAGAAGCAUCAAAACAUGCCAUUUUAGCCUGUCUAGAUCUCUCCGAAAAACAUCCUGGACAAAUUUUGCAUUCGUUGUACCUACUUAAAGAGACAUAUCUGUAUGGUAAUGGAGAAAACUUCAAUGAAUCCGGUAACAUUGAACUACGAAGUUAUGUGGUGGAAGUAUGCAUAAAACAAUUAUUACCUUGGAUUGUAACAGCCAUCAAUGAACUGGAGGAGGAAGUUGUCCUUGGGGUGCUGGAAACUUUUCAUUCAUUACUGCUUCAGGAUUGUGAUAUCCAAGCCAUGAGACUUGCAAAGACCUUGGUUUCAUCAUCUUGGUUUUGUUUCUCGUUUGGAUGUCUAGGCUUAUAUCCUACAGAAAAAAUGAAAUGCAGAGUAUAUCUGAUGCUUAGUUCACUUGUGAAUGUUCUUUUGGGAAAUGGCUCUGGGCAACCCAUCAGAGAUGCUGCUCUAUAUCUGCCAGCUGAUCCUGUGGAUUUAUUGUUUUUACUUGGGCAAAAGAGCUCUCAUAAUUUGGAAUUGUCUUCUUGUCAAUCUGCCAUUUUGCUGGUGUUAUACACCAGCUCUUUGUAUGAUGAAAGACUUGCAGAUGAGAAGUUGGUUUUAGCUUCUCUGGAUCAGUAUCUCCUAGUCAAUGGUAGAGAUUUACAAUAUGGGGCUGCUGAUUCCCUUGCAGUGAUGCGACUAGUGAAUCUUUAUGCUCUUUUUAGGGGUCUUGCCAAAAUGAACUACCAAAUCCCCUACAGUUCAAAAGCAGAGAGCAUACUUUUUCAGCUGAUGACUGAAAAUGAAUGGGAUUUGUCUUCUGCAGGAAUUAACUCGGUGUCAUUAAAAUGGUUGUUUCAACAAGAGAAAAUCUGCAAGCUAUUGUCUUAUCAGAUUCUCAAAUUCAGCAGAAGCACUAGUUCAAAUGGGACUGACAUCAUAGUCCAGGGAAGAAAUGAUCGAGUUUUAAGCAAAGAAGCAAUUGCGAAGCUAGUAGCAGCAGGAGAUAACUAUGGAGCAACAAUUUUUGUAUGCUUGUUGACAGAUCUUGCCAAGGAUAAUGGCCAAGAGCAUGACAUAAUCUCAGUGGUUACUCUCAUGGAAACUAUUAUUACCAUCUUUCCAGCUGCUUCAAACCAAUUAUGUUUGUGUGGCAUAGGGAAGGUGAUCUACACUCUUUGUUAUGACACAAGCCACACAUUUUCCCCACAGAUAUUGAAGGCCACCUCAGUUUUUAUUUUUAAGAUUUUAAGGUUGGUGCAGCCUGAAAUCCUUUCUAGUGAUGAAAAUUGGCUCGCAGUGACUAUGAAGUUGAUGGAGAAUUUAGACACCUUGGAGGCUGCGGAUAGGUGGAAUCAGGAAAGUCUUGUUGUAAUUGGGGUUCUUUCCCUGGUUUUGCGCCACUCCACCAAUGAAGUUCUGUUAGAAGCUUCAAAAGCUAUUCUUUUUAAUACUUCUCUUAUAUCUACAAUCAACAGCAUAAUCGACGCUGCCCACUUAAAGGGGCCUGCUUUGGUCGACCAUGAUGAGGGGACCGGCAUUGGAGAAAGUUUGAUAUUUGUGCUUUUACUAAAUUAUUUCUCUUUAAGAAGUUUGCCUGCUGUCCUACCUGAGUUUGUGGAUUGGAAAAAUUUCUUUGAUCUACCAGAUAGGAUGCAGCCGUUGUCCUUCAUUGGAAUUCAUUGUCAUGAUCUAUGCAGACUGAUGCAUUUUGGGUCCUCUCUAGUGAAGCUUGUUGCUUCCUACAGUCUGUUACAGUUGCUUACCAGAUUAUCAGACCAAAGAGAUAAAAAUCACUUUGAACUGAAAUGCACCGUGGGGUAUCUUAUGUCUGUAAUUGAUAUAUUAGAAGGCUUGAUUUUUUACAGCGAUCUCAGAGUGGCUAUGAACUGUGGCCUCUGUCUAUCCAUAAUUUUGGGGUGGGAAAUUCUGGACAUGCAGAAGACAACGUUGAUUGAAAAGAACAGUUGGUGUAGGUUGAUUGUAGAAGAGCUAGCAAUGUCUUUGGCUGCUCCUUGUUUAGCGACAAAAUCUUUCAUUAAUCAUCACAAGCCUGCAAUUCAUGUAGCUGUGGCACUUCUAAAACUCCAGAAGGUUCCUGGGUGGAUGAGAUCUGUGUUCAAUGAUACAUGCAUAUCUUGCAUAAUUGAAAACCUUUCAGCGACUAAUGUGAAUACGGAGAUGGUGUUUUUGUUUCGAGAGCUACUAAAUUCCAAGUAUCUGAAGACUGCACAUAUUGCUAACCUGAAUCGGGUGCUCCAGGCUUGCAGACAACAUUUGUAUGCUGACAUUACUCAAGAUGAUGAAUCAGAUGAGCAUGUGAAGAAGACGGCUACCACCACAAACGAUGUGGAAGAAGUUUGUGAGUUUCUCAUUUACUUGAUGUCAUCUCCAGAUAUGGAUUCUAGGGGAUCACAUAUUGGGAUUGGGAAUAAGCAACUGUUAGAAGAGAUAGAGUUGUUUUCUAGGACAUUGACAGUGGAAAGAUGACAGCUAAUGGAAUCAAUCCAUUUAGUGGCAAUACCACCCGUUGUGUAACUAAGGUAGUAGUUGUCUUUAUCAAAGUAAAUAAAAAAAAACAUAACAUAUUGUCCUUAUGGUCAGAGAUACACUAAUAACGACAUACAAAGUUCAAAAAGUGGA